UUGAGCUGCGCAGAUUUAAGAGAAACAAAUCCUGUCAAUAAGAUUUGCCACCGGAGAAUCAAAGUGAAAUCAAAAUUCACUUCGAUCGCGGUCUCUCAUAUCACCAUUGAUUCGCGUCAAAAGGAUAAAAGCCUUUGGUAGAAGCAGAAGAAAGAUGAGAAAGGAAGAUACAGUGAAGCUGAUCAGCGCGGAGGGGUUCGAGUUCGUCAUCGACAAGGAAGCGGCCAUGGUUUCCCAAACCAUCCGCAACAUGCUCACCUCUCCAGGUAGUUUCGCUGAGGCGCAGCAUGGAGAAGUGACUUUUCCGGAAAUAAGCACCACCAUUCUAGAGAAAGUUUGCCAGUAUUUCUACUGGUCCCUUCAAUAUGCCAAGGGAAAGGAGACUGAAUUCCAGAUUGAACCUGAACUGACCCUGGAGCUGAUGAUGGCUGCGAAUUAUCUCCAUACUUAACCAAAUUGUUUUGCUUGUUGUUUGGGUGGCGUGUCUUGCUUAAGAUUGUAAACCUACUCUUUAUCAUCACCUCCCUAGAUACAGCAUCUGUUAAACACUUGGGUUUAAUUUUAUUGUAAAACGAUUUCUUUUAGGGGAUCUAUACGAGACAGGGAUAUAAAAGGAUAACAAUAGUUUCCCAAUAAAGCUUAUAAAUCAUAGGAUUUUCUGUAUGUGUCAAGGAUUGGAAGUGCGGGAGGCAUUGCAAGGUCAUUUAUUCAUCGAACCCGCAAUGUCAUCUAUGUAAAUUUGAACAGUUCUUGGACUUCGUAGCUAAUUGAUCAUGACUGAAUGAUGUGACAGCUAUUAUGAACU